CCGACCUAUGUUCACCUGAUAUCAAUUACCUAACACCUAACCGAAGAAUGGUCCGUCAAUUAAGAUUUGCUGUUGCUAAAGAUUAUCAUGAAUUCAUGAUGAUGCGUUGAUGACCUCCGAAACUAGUUCGGAUCCGUACUCGGUACUCCCACCCUAACGCACACAAGCACAUUCUCUCUGUGUCUCUAUCCUCAUCUCUGCACUCUUCCAUCGGUCGUCGUUAAAAUUCCUGUAGAAAUAUCAUCAUGUCUUUAUGCACUGGUCUUAUCUCUUCUUUAAUCUGGGGAAGUGACUUGAGCUCAAAUGGGGGCAUUGAGCUCAUAGUCAGGCGUAAAUUUAAAUUCAAUCGAUCAAUUCCAAGGGUUUAUGCGAUGUCAAAAGACAAUGAAACUACUUACAAGAUGAACUUGAAUGAGUAUAUGGUCACCUUAGAGAAACCCCUUGGCAUUCGCUUUGCUCUUUCGGUUCAUGGCAAUGUGUUUGUCCACUCUCUCCGAAAAGGGGGGAAUGCAGAGAAAUCAAGGAUAAUAAUGGUGGGGGACUCUUUGAAGAAGGCAAGUGAUUCUUCUGAUGCCCAGUUUAUUGAGAUCAAGGACAUUGGUGAUGCACAGAGUAUGCUCAAGGAGAAAAGUGGAUCAUUUAGCCUUGUUCUUGAGCGACCCUUUUCACCCUUCCCAAUACAGGAGCUUCUUUUGAUGAAUGACCUUGAUAUUCUUUUCAAUAGAGGCCGUGUUCCUGUAGCCACUUGGAGCAAGACCCUAGUAGCUUCAGUUUUGCAGGGUUCCUGUGAAAGAAAUGGGAAUCCUGGAUUUGUAGUGUUUUCUUCGAAGUUUCUUGUAUCUCAGGCAUGGAAGGUUCUGACUGGUCCAAAUGGAAGUCGCGAUCCCCAUGUACAGAGAAACACUUUUCCAGCACCACUUAACCAACUUGUUUGCAUUUUUACACUUGAAGAUUCCACUGAUUCUGAAUGGACUCAUGGAAGCUUCCCGUUAGGUGAAUAUACUAAGGCAAUUGAUCGUUCUAAAGGAGAAAUCUACUAUAACCAUUCUCUUGGUAUGCAGUACAGCAAGAUAACUGAACAGUUAUAUGUAGGUUCAUGCAUACAAACAGAAACUGAUGUUGAGGCUUUAGCAAGUUUGGGAAUCACUGCUGUCUUAAAUUUCCAGAGUCCUAUUGAAGCACAAAACUGGGGAAUUAACUCUAAUACCAUCAAGGAGUGUUGCCAAAGAUGUAACAUUCUAAUGGUCAAUUACCCUAUAAGGGAAGGGGACUCCUUUGAUAUGAGGAAGAAAUUGCCUUUUUCCGUGGGACUCUUACUACGCCUGUUGAAAAAGAACCAUCGUGUUUUUGUUACUUGUACGUCAGGCUUUGACCGCUCGCCAGCAUGUGUCAUUGCUUAUCUGCACUGGAUGACAGACACUUCGCUGAAUGCAGCUUAUAAUUUUGUCACUGGAUUACACUCUUGCAGGCCUGACAGGCCUGCAAUAGCGUGGGCAUCAUGGGAUCUCAUAGCUAUGGUAGAAAAAGACACACAUGACGGGCCACCAACCCAUGCCGUUAUAUUUGUCUGGAAUGGACAAGAGGGUGAAGAUGUGUGCUUAGUUGGGGAUUUCACUGGUAAUUGGAAAGAUCCAAUCAAGGCAGUACAUAAAGGAGGACCAAGAUAUGAAAUUGAAGUUAGACUACCUCAAGGGAAGUAUUACUACAAGUACAUUGUCAAUGGCCAUUGGAGGCACUCAAAUGCCUCCCCAACCGAAAGUGAUGAUAGGGGAAAUGUUAAUAAUGUUAUUGUGAUUGGUGAUACAGCCAGUGUGAGGCCUUCUGUCCGUCAACACAAAAAGGAUGCAAAUAUUGUGAAGGUCAUCGAGAGACAACUGACUGAAAAUGAGCGCUUCAUGCUGGCAAAAGCAGCUCGCUGCAUUGCUUUCUCUAUCUGCCCAAUUAGAUUGGUGCCUAAAUAGUUUGUAGGAAUGCGUCAAGGGACAGAUUUUGUGCCUCUUAAACAAGCUUCUGAAGGGAUUAUUUCAGAAUGUAAUGCGAAAUCUGCACGCAGUGAUUCCUCGAUCUGAAAUCAAGGGGCUGCAAAUUUGCACGAAGCCAUGUUCAUGUAUGUGUAAACUUGUUACUUAAGCGCACUGUAAAACUUUAGCAAGGGGAAGAUGUCCUUGUGUAGGCAAUGGGUUUGUAAAGCUAUCAAAGUCAACUGAAAUAUAAAGUGUCAGAAACUCGGGGUUUCUGACACUUUAUAGUUCUAACAAAGUCCCAAAUUAAUAUUUUAUUUUUGGUUUUAAGCUAAAUAAACACUCCCGCGAUUCACAGUGAA